UUCCCUUCCUCAUCCGUUCCUUCAAACCUGUGUACUCAUGUCAUAUAUGCAUUUGCUCAAAUUAAAGAUGAUGGUGGAAUAGGCUUCCGGUCCACCACAGAACAAACAAUGGUCAUUAACAUGACUAGAAGAUUAAAACGGGCAAAUCCCCAUUUAAAAGUAUCGUUAUCGAUUCAAAAUGGAUUUCCAAAAGUUGUAAAAUCCCUUACAGCUACAGAGAAGUUUGCGUUCAAAGCAAUCAGAUUUUUGAGGAAAUAUAAGUUUGAUGGGAUCGAUUUUGAUUGGGAGUUUCCAUCACCAGCAGAUAGAGAUAUUUAUUCUCGAUUUAUAGAGGUAAGAAACUUUAAAGAAAUACUGACAAAUGACACGUACCAGAUGUCAAUGGCACUACCUAAUAAUGUUAAUAUUUUCAAAUCCAGAUACGAUGUUACUGUUCUCAAUAAGAAUGUAGAUUUCUUCACUAUAAUGGCUUAUGAUUUCCACGUCUUCAAUGCAAAGGUUGAUUCGAAGACUGGAUUUAAUAGUCCAUUAUAUCCAGUUGCUGGAGAAUCAAAAUAUUAUUCAGUGGCUGGAUUAAUGCAGUACUACAUCAGUUCAGGUCUUCUACCUUCUAAAACUAUUGUGGGAAUCCCUACUUAUGGUAGAUCCUAUAAAUUGGCAAAUCCAAGAAAUUCUGGUCUUCAUGCACCGGCUGUUGGUCGAGGUGAUCCAAGUCCUUCUAGAAAACUUCGAGGCGUGUAUACUUACACGGAUGUCUGCAUUGCAAUCAAAAAUGGUGCUAAAUUCUCAACAGAUGCCAAAUCUCAUGGGAAGUAUCUAGUAAAGGGUGAUAACUGGGUGGCGUAUGAUGAUACGACUUCAGUUGGAGAGAAGACUCAAUGGGCAAUGGGGAAGGGAUUUGGUGGUGUUGGUAUUUGGGCAGUAGAUCUUGACGAUGAUACCGGUGUGUGUGGUUCUAAGCUACCAUUGAUGACAACUAUAAGAUAUGUCUUAAAU